AUGAGUCGCCUGUCUCCAACCGCACCUUCCUUCCGGCCUAGCAAUGACCCCUCUUCAGUUCAGAUCAGGCAAGCUUACUUGGUAAGAGGAGGAAGAAGAGGUCAUGACAUGCUCCCGCACCGAUCAAGAGCCUCAUUUCGAGGUGGUCAAGGACGAUACAGCCAUUCCCCUUAUCAUCGAUCGGCCGUUGGGUCUUCAAGUAUCAGCAUUUCCAAUUCUCAAGAUGGGAUAGCACCUGAACCGAAACAUAAAGAAUCAGAGAUAAUCGGUCACAGCGAUGACGACAAUCAACAAGCGGCUUCGAACAUCAAAGCAGUCUUGAAUAACGACGCUGACGAGGAAGAGGAAAUCAAGAAGGAGAGUGAUUUACCGACUAAAUCACCUGUGCACCCGUAUGUGGUGGGUUCUCCUGCUGCCGAGGGAGAAGAGGUCCUUUUGCACCACACCACACCUACUUUCCGACAAAGUCAAGAAGUAGAUGACAUACUCAAGUAUGCCUUUCAAAGUCAAUUUUCGAAUGACUGGAGACAUAGAGAUAUCUCUCGAAUUCCCAAUUCCAAUCAGGAGAACAUCUGGAAGAGUCAAAACAACCAUCUUUUAAUGAACAAUCACUCUCAAUCUGAGCGAAUCACUUAUGAAAGGUCAACCUUGGAUACCCCUGCUCCUGCCCCUCGAGUCAAAAGAGAGAACUCAAUCAGCUCGACUUCAAAUGACGACUAUGGCAGACACAAGCGCUUCUCAUCGGAGCAUAUCCGACUAGACGGCUUGGGAGAAGGAAGAUCAAGAAACGGAUAUGGUCGAACGCUGAUGGGAGGACAAGAGUCCGGUCGAGGUGUGAUUGGAAACACGUCUUUCGAAAUUGAUGAGGAUGGAGAUACUACUGUUGUAGUCAGCGAAGCAGGAUGUGAUAUUCCGAUGAUUCGAGAACCAUGGUCCACUCAAGCUCGAAUACCUCAAGCAGAUGAGGGAGGAGAGAUCAAAGCUAAUAUUGGUCCUCAUACCAUAUCCUUAAAUCCCGAUUUACCACCUUUGGCGAUCGAGCAUCCUGCAAGAGUUUGGAACUCGAUGAUUCAUUCUCUAGAAUCUCACCUUCAACCAGUCAUAAAAUGGGACUACGAGAAGAUCUUGCCUCAACACCAGGGUCAAGACACACUCUGGAUGGCUCAGCUCACCCUGGUACUUCCCUCAACCCAUCCGACUAUCACUGGACAUCCCUUGUUUCGAAGUUUACCUAAGAAUCAAUGGAAGAAGGAAUACGUGGCGGCUGUGGAAGCGAUAGGUGGGGUCAGGAAAUGGGUUGGUGAGCCCAGGAAACUCAAGGCCGACGCCCAAAACACCACUCUGGUCAGGUGCAUCUCUGAAGAUGCUCUGGCUUGGGUCCUGGCUCCCAAUGGCAUUCGAGAGGUCCAAGAGAGCGAUAAUGAAGAUGAAGACAAUGUCAUUGCCAAACCAAAUACUGGGACUUCCACCGUGAAAUCUGGUCAGAGCGAUUCUGGCAACCAAUUUCAACAUCUUCAUCCUGAACUUCAAAGCAUGGUGCUUCAUGAGCCUUCUCAGUCUUGUGAAAAGGAACUUCAGCCUGAUUCUGAUGCACGAAGUUUCGAAAUUCAAGUCGAUGAACAUGAACUUGAAGUGAACCCGAAGGCUCCUCCGGCGUUUGGACCUGCUCCCCACACUAAACAUACAGGAAGAAGCAAGACGUCAUUCCAACUCUUCUUGGAUGCACUUCAUCGAACACUCGGUCCUGGAGGCGUCGAUAUACCUAAUCCCGCAUCAUUUUCAUCUAAUUGGGAAUCAUUUACCAAUAAAUUCGGUUGUACUCUAACGAUUGGUUCGCCUGGAAAUGUCAGGUUAUAUCAAGAACCGAGGACUCACACUUACGCCGAAGAAGCUCAAAAUGCCGUGUGUCAAAAAGCAUUGGACCUCAACGUCGUUGGGUUUAUGGAAUGGCUCAAGGAGAGCCUUUUACCUCCUGCAUCACCAACCAUCGACCCUAUUGUUGAAGAGCAGCCUAAGGAGAUUAUCGUGAGACCUCAACCUGUUGAAGGUAAUGUGGCUGUUCCGAUGAAAGCUUAUAAGCCUAAAUGGCAAAGUGAAUUAGCAGCGUUCUGCUCUGGAACGGGGAUGCCGUCUCCAAGAUAUCAUGAGCAAAGUAUCAUGUAUGAAGGAAUUCCCGAGGUCGUUAGCGAAGUGACAAUCGGGCCUCAAACUUUCUCUGUCCCGAAGAAUGGGAGAUCGACCAAAGAAGUUCAAGAAUACCUCGCUAGAAGAGUUCUGAUGGAUCGUUUUGGCUUCAAGCCUAGAGAGGAAGCACCUCUGGUAGUAUCAACUUCUAAAUUAUGA